CUACUCUAGUUUCGCUACCGUCCCUGAUCGGCAAUCUGAUGGUCAUUUAAGCCCCGAAAGCUGGGUCCUCGUGACGAAGGACCAAAGGUCAAAAGGGUGGAGAAAGACAAGGGUCCGAGUGACCUCCGGCAACAGUUGUCUCAUCAGCGCAGCUCUCCUCCAACAGCACCAACGCGUCACGUCGUUCACCACUCACUCCCAGUCCAAUUAAAGUACUACACUCCUUUACACGUCCAAGCCUCCGGCCUGCGUGCCAGAUACGUAACUAUUUCGCAAAUCUGGCGGGCUUACGAUUAUCAUCACAUAGGCUGUUGCUUGCUAGCGUCCUCCUCUUCCUCCUCAUCUCCGUCAUCUUGGCUUCCGCGCGCUCCAGCUCCCGCCUCUCGUCGAUACUCGGUUCUCUGCGGCCGGGUGCGCGAGUUAGCUAUCAAACGGUGAGACCACUCACCAACGUCACCAUGGCUCCCGCACAGUACAAGUCGCCGCCCCAGGCACCGCCCAAGUUCACCGCGACUGCGAAGAGCAUUAUCGAUGACACGAAGCGUCUGAUUGGCAGAUCUCGAGCUGUCCAGGAUGACAUUGUCAAGAACAUCACGCCAGAGACGGCGAACUUCGCCAAUGUCAUGCUUCCGGUAGCGCAGGAUGACGACAAGAUGGGCAUCGAGGCGCACAUCCUGGGUUUCUACUCUGCGACAUCGACGGACAAGGCUCUUCGUGACGCCUCCAACGAGGCCGAGUCUCUUAUGGACAAGUUCGGCAUUGAAAUGAGCAUGCGCGAGGACUUCUUCAACCUGGUUGAUGCUGCCUUCAAGAAAAACGAGACCCUCGAUCCUGAGUCCAAGCGCCUGCUGGAGAAGAACCACAAGAGCUACGUCCGCAACGGUCUGGGCAUCCCAGCCGGCCCAAAGCGGGACCGCUUCAAGCAGAUCAAGGACCGCCUGAGUGAGAUUGGCAUUAGCUUCCAGAAGAACCUCAAUGAGGAGAAAGGUGGUAUUUGGUUUACCCGUAAGGAACUGGAUGGCGUGCCGGAGGACGUGCUUUCCGGACUCGAGGAAGGCAAGGGCGAGAACGAGGGCAAGAUCAGAUUGACCUUCAAGUACCCUGACCUCUUCCCUACCCUCAAGUAUGCUAAGAGCCAGGAGGUGCGCCAGAAGGUUUUCGUCGCGAAUGAGAACAAGUGCAAUGACAACGUGGACCUCUUCAGAGAGGCCAUCGUCCUUCGUGACGAGGCUGCGCGUCUUCUAGGGUACAAGAACCACGCUGAGUUCAGAAUCGAGGACAAGAUGGCCAAGACUCCCAAGACCGUCAACGAUUUCCUGUCAGAUCUUCGAUCUCGUCUCGUUGACGGUGGAAAAGAAGAGAUUACGAAGCUCCAGGAACUGAAGAAGAGUGAUCUCGAGAGCCGUGGUGAGAAGUAUGAUGGACACUACUACCUCUGGGAUCACCGCUUCUACGACCGCCUGAUGCUGGAGAAAGACUACCAGCUGGACCAGAACAAGAUUGCCGAAUACUUCCCUCUUGGCCCCACGAUCAAUGGUAUGCUACGCAUCUUCGAGGAGCUGUUUGGCUUGGCCUUUGUAGAGAUUACGGGCGAAGACCGCGACAAGAUUUCCGAGAGUGGAAAGGGCUCCGACAUUGUUUGGCACGAAGACGUCCAGGUCUUCAGCGUCUGGGACGAUGAGGGUGAGGGUAAAGGUUUCGUUGGCUACCUGUAUCUGGACCUGUUCCCGCGUGAGGGCAAGUACGGACAUGCUGCCAACUUCAACCUGCAACCUGGCUACAUUGAUGAGAACGGCAAGCGCCGUUACCCUGCGACGGCUCUGGUUUGCAACUUCUCCAAGUCGACCCCGAAGAAGCCCAGCUUGCUGAAGCACGAGGAAGUUGUCACGCUCUUCCACGAGUUGGGCCACGGUAUCCACGACCUGGUGUCUCGCACCACAUACUCACAGUUCCAUGGCACUAGCACCGUGCGCGACUUCGUCGAGGCGCCUAGCCAGAUGCUGGAGAACUGGUGCUGGACGCCGUCGCAGCUCAAGUCGCUGUCGCAUCAUUACUCGUACCUGUCUCCCGAGUACAAGGCCGCCUACGAAGCCGAUUCCAAAUCUGACAGCAAGCCGGAGGAGCGCAUCCCAGAUUCGUUGAUCAAGUCGUUGAUCGAUACUAAGCACGUCAACGACGCUCUUUUCAACUUGCGCCAGCUGCACUUUGGCAUCUUCGACAUGACGGUGCACACGCCGGCCAGCCACGAGGAGAUCGAGAAGCUUCCCGUCUCUGAGACGUACAACCGGCUGCGUACUGAAAUCUCCAAGCUCGACGGCCCCGAGGCGCAAGACGGCGGCAGCAAGAACUGGGCCUGGGGCAAUGGCCAGGCGACAUUUGGUCAUCUGAUCGGAGGAUACGAUGCUGGUUACUACGGAUAUCUGAGCUCGCAGGUCUACUCGACGGACAUGUUCUACACCGCCUUCAAGAAGGACCCGAUGAACAAGACCGAGGGCCGCCGGUACCGGCACACGGUGCUGGAGCGCGGCGGCAGCCAGGAGGAGAUGGAGACGCUGAAGGAUUUCCUGGGCCGGCUGCCUAGCACCGAGCCCUUCUACAAGGAGCUCGGUCUCUCAGACUAAGCGUGGGAUGUGUGGGUGUGUGGGUGGAAGGGUAGGAGAUGUGAGCGGAGAGGACGCGCUUGAUGCUGCUGCUGCUGAUGCUGCGGAGACGGCUCCUGCGCGUGUGAUGUGUGUAUGUGUGUAGCUAACUAGAGCGCGGCUGGGAAGAAGAAAGAAAGACGCUUCCUUCUUUGCUGGCUGGCUGGCUGGCUAGCUCGGCUCGGCUUGGCUUGGCUGCAUUGUUGUUGUGUUGAGUUGUCUUUGCUCCGGGGCUCUGCUCUGCUCUGCUCUGCUUUGCUCUGCUUUGCUCUGCUCUGCGCCCUUGAUUGAUGUCGGGAAGGACUUUCCCUGCCUGUCUGGUCUGGUCUGGUCUUGUUUGGUCAGGCUUGGCCAGAUCUUGUGCCUAGAUUAGGGCAGGAGUC